AUGUCUUUCCUUCCUUCAACCCACCUCAUCUCUCCUUUCAUCUGUGUCAUGACCUCCUCGUCCUCCUCAUUCUCCUCGUACUCCCAAGACGACCUCGAAGGUCCAGCUCCCCCCGCGGCCCCCACCACCGACCCCAACGCCCCCCUCCCGACGGUGGACGACCUGCUCGCUGUCGCGGACAUCGCCCAGCAAAUCAUGCACGUCUGCGUGGAGAUGCACACACCAACGACCUCUCAAAAUACCGAGCGGGCGACCGCGCUCCUCCCGGGCAUGUGGAUGGCGCUCGAAAGCGUGAUGGUGUUCGGCAAGCAUCUUGCGCUGAUGAUGCACGAGAGGGGCGCGCUCGAUGUUGCCGCGUAUGCGCAGUGGUGCGAGAUGUUUGAUUUCACUACGGCGUACGAGACGGUCGUCGUUUGCCAGCGGACGCCGACGCUGCAUCCCACUCGGCAACGGCUUGCGCGGGAGGUCGCCACUCGUCCUUCGUCGCCGCGAAGCGGGUCUGAAGAGAGUACCAGUGAUUACUAG